CGGAGCGCGGGGCCGACGGCAGCGCGGGACCCAGUGGCCGCGCCCUCGCCCCUUCGGGCUGCCCCGCCGCGGCCACUGCGCCAGGUCUAUCUUGGGGGUAGUUCUCUACUGAAGUAACAAGACUUCCCAUGUGACCCUCUGAGGUGGUUUCAAGCAGGACCUCCCUUUGUCGGACCGAUGGAGAACCCCGCUCCAUAACUGCUCAGUCCGCAGCUGAGAGUAUGGAGGAUUUGGGCUGCAGCCCAGGCUUGGGCCUCCUGCCACUGAGCCAGCCUCAGAGCCUUUAGCAAGAGACCACCCCUCCCGCCAGGGGCCCGGGGCUGGCCAGUGACUAUGCGGCUUGGGCUGUGUGUGGUGGCCCUGGUUCUGAGCUGGACACACCUCGCUGUGGGCAGCCGAGGGGUCAAGGGCAAGAGGCAGAGGCGGAUCAGCGCUGAGGGGAGCCAAGCUUGUGCCAAGGGCUGUGAGCUCUGUUCAGAAGUCAACGGCUGCCUCAAGUGCUCGCCCAAGCUGUUCAUUCUGCUGGAGAGGAACGACAUCCGCCAGGUGGGCGUCUGCCUGCCGUCCUGCCCGCCUGGAUACUUUGAUGCCCGAAACCCCGACAUGAACAAAUGCAUCAAAUGCAAGAUUGAGCACUGUGAGGCCUGCUUCAGCCACAACUUCUGCACCAAGUGUCAGGAGGGCCUGUACUUGCACAAGGGCCGCUGCUACCCAGCCUGUCCCGAGGGCUCCACCGCAGCCAACAGCACCAUGGAGUGCAGCAGUCCUGCACAAUGUGAAAUGAGUGAGUGGUCCCCGUGGGGGCCCUGCUCCAAGAAGAGGAAGCUGUGCGGUUUCCGGAAGGGAUCGGAAGAGCGGACGCGCAGGGUGCUCCAUGCUCCUGGAGGAGACCACGCCUCCUGCACUGACACCAAAGAGACCCGGAAGUGUACAGUGCGCAGGACGCCAUGUCCUGAGGGGCAGAAGAGGAGGAAGGGGGGUCCAGGCCGGAGGGAGAAUGCCAAUAGGCAUACGGCUAGGAAGAACAGCAAGGAGCCAGGUGCCAACUCUCGGAGACACAAGGGGCAGCAGCAGCCACAGCCAGGGACAGCAGGACCACUCACGUCAGUAGGACCCACCUAGGCACGGUGACCAGUCUCCAGAUCUGUGUGGAAGAGUCUUGUGCUGUACUGCAUAAUGAGAACUUUCCAGAACUGGAGCAUCUGGGACAGCAAGUCCACACAUUGUCCACUCACCCACCCAUCCGUCUCUCCAUCCAUCCAUCCAUGCAUAUCCAGGCACACAUAUGGCCACAUCAGAAAACAUCAACACACACACACACACACACACACACACACACAUUCUUGAGGUCACCGAAGAUACUUCCAUCCUGUGGCCUAGCUGUACCCACUCAGUUUAUGAUGCUCUCAGAAGAUGCUCGGAACCUUUCCUAGCAUCUGAACCUAAACUUCAAGGAGUGGAACCUUCUGGAGGAAUUGCUGGGACAGUGCCUGCCAGGUGGAUGGCAGACUAGAGCCAAAGCUGAGCAGCUGCCAAGGGGGAGAGUGCUUUCCCCGGUCCUGAGUGGCACUCCCAGCUGCGUGACUUGAUUGUUGGAGAUGAGAGUCAUUUCACAUCCGUGGUACAUGUCGGGGAUGACCUGACUUGGAAACUGCUUAAAGGUUUAUUUCAAAUUAAAAAGAAAAAAAUGCUGUCCAUUCAUUUUCAGGG